CUUUUGUUUCUUAGUACACCUCCCCGUUGCAGGAUAAGGAUGAAAGCAACCUCUGCGUUUGGGGACAUGGUCGCAUGACAUCGUCGGAAAUGUCUGCCAUAGCUUCCUCCCUGCUUCUCCCACUUGGUUCUACUUGUGGUAAAAGUCCCUCCUUUACUCCUCCUCAGAGCAUUUUGGUUGACAAAUUUCGAAGAUUAGUUGUUAAAGUCGAAUCCUCAGAGACAAGGGAAUGCACUACUGCUAUGUUUAAUGCCAAUUCACGUCGAAACUUUCUUGGGUUGGCUCUUGGAGUCUCAGGCCUCUUCAUCGGUUCAAUGGAUGCCAGUGGAGCUGGUUUGCCCCCAGAGGAAAAGCCAAAACUGUGUGAUGAAACUUGUGAGAAAGAGCUUGAAAAUGUGCCUAUGGUAACUACGGGAUCUGGUUUGCAAUACAAGGAUAUUAAAGUAGGGCAGGGUCCUAGUCCACCAAUUGGAUUUCAGGUGGCCGCCAAUUAUGUUGCAAUGGUUCCAUCGGGACAAAUAUUUGACAGUUCACUGGAGAAAGGACAGUUUUACAUUUUCCGCGUUGGUUCUGGUCAGGUUAUACCGGGACUUGAUGAAGGUAUUCUGAGCAUGAAAGUGGGAGGGAAGCGCCGACUGUACAUACCUGGAUCAUUGGCAUUUCCAAAAGGCCUUACUUCUGCUCCUGGAAGACCGAGGGUGGCUCCAAGCAGUCCAGUCAUAUUUGAUGUUAGUUUGGAAUAUAUACCGGGGCUUGAAGUGGACGAGGAAUAAAAUAAGGUUGUCCGUUCUAGAUUUGAUUGUACGUAAUCAAUCUUGAUUUUCAUUUGUAACUAUCACCAUUAUAUACAAUCGUUAAUUCUUUCUGAGAAUGAGCAUAAAAUCUAUGCCGAGCCAACAUUGAUAGGA